CGCCAGUGUUGCCAAAUACUCUGCCACACAACACUACCGCGCGUGCUGGAAAAAAACGUGCGCGUUUAUUCGUUGCAUUUUGUUAAGAUAAUUCCUUAAGUCCGGGUACUUCUGCCUUCGAUUCCGACUCCCCAAAGAUGUGGCCGCGAUUUGGCAUUAAGAUUGGCAACAGCACGCUCUGCAUCGCACACGUGCGUGCGGAUGGCAAGGCGGAGGUGAUCGCCAACAAACAGGGCGACCGUGUGUCUCAAGCGUGCCUUCUUUGGGACGGAACCUCGGAGAUCGAAUGUGGCCUCACGGCCAAGCAGAAGAUGGCCAACCGUCCGCGCCAGGCGGUGGCACACAGCUUUCAGUUGCUUCAGCCCAAGGAACAGCUCACGGAGGAGAAACUGUCCAGUGCGCUGCGAGAAAUUCCCUGCGAUUUUGACAAGGAGGAGCUGGUGUUCCGGAUGGAGCACACUGUACCCUCCGACAGGGAGGACCAAGACGAUAAAGUUGUGACCAAGGACCUAAGCGCCUAUCAGGUGACGGUGGAGCUGUUGCGCGCUGAGCUGGAGCUGGCCCAUCAAUAUCACACGGACGGGAAACAGGCGCCCAUUGCCGUGCUCUCCAUACCCAGCUACUAUCCCGCCUCGGCCUACAAACUGCUAGCAGAUGCCGCUCAAACCGCUGGCUUCCACGUGGCCCAGAUUAUAACCGAACCCACGGCCGCCGUUCUAGGCUACAGCAUCGGCGAGGAGCAGACGGAACAGCGCCACCAUGUGCUGACAAUCAAAUGCGGUGGCUUAUACAGCGACAUCGCCUUUUACGCCGUCCAAAAUGGCCUGUUCGUUCAGCUGGCCACUUUCGGACCCUUCCCCAUCGGUGGCCGGCAAUUCACCGAGGCCUUGGUGCAGUUUAUUUGCGAGGAGUUCCGUCGCAAGUACAAGCUAGAUCCGCAUGAGUCUCGCCGCUCAGUGGCCAAAAUCCGCACUGCCGCUGCAAAUUGCAAACACAUCCUGACCACGAUGCCUUCCACGCAGCUUUAUAUCGACUCCCUGAUGGACGGCGUUGAUUACAAUGCCCAGAUGUCGCGUGCUCGCUUCGAGAGCCUCAUACAGCCAGUGAUCAAUAACCUCAUCCAGCAGCUGGGCGAGUGUGUGGAGCAGGCGCAAAAGGAGCAUCCUGGUUUGAGUAAAAUAGAUGACAUCGUUCUACUAGGCGCCACAAUGCAAAUCCCGAAGCUUCAGGCGGCAGUGGGAGCCCGUUUCCCGGACGCCAAGCUCCACAACAGCCAUUCGGCGGACGAGGUUGUGGCCAUCGGCUGUGCGCGCCAAGCUGUGUGCCUGAUUGACCCCCUUGAACAGCAGCUUCACAAGGAGGAGGAUUGCGUGGUGGCUGAGGAUGACCUUUAUAUUUGGCACGGCAAUGACGAAUCCAAUGCCAAAUUGGUUCUGGGCAGGGGAAGCGUUCUGCCUGCCAAAAUACGGAUAUCACUGCCCCAAUCAGAGCAGGGAAAGGGCGAUGACGUAAGCAAUGGAGCUGCUUCCUUUAAGCUACGCACCGGAGAGAGCGAGAUCCUGGCCCGUCUGCCCGACAGCACGUUACCGGAAGAUGGACUUUACCAGCUAGAGGUUGAGGUAGAUGUGGACGAUAAGGACGGCAACGUGGUGCCGCUGGUGCGACUGCGCUGCAUGUGAGAGCCGGAUUGUGAACCGAAAUCGGUGCGAUGUCGCCUAGACUAUUUAUUGUUGCUAGCCUAAUGAUUACAAUACAAAACCCCAAUAAAGAUAAAUACGCAGCGGCAAACGAGAAAGUGUGUGCAUACUGAAA